GGGCAAUAAAAGGCACUGCAGCGGCAGGGUCCCGGGAGUGGGCACAUGGGGGUGCGGGGGUGCAGGUGCCAAGCACCAUGGGUUAGGCCCGAGGUUGGAGUCCGGCCGCCCUCCGACAGCAGCCGCCUCCUGCUCCCCGCGCGCCCCUGGCGCCACCAUGUCGGGCGACAAACUUUUGAGCGAACUCGGCUAUAAGCUGGGACGCACGAUAGGCGAGGGCAGUUACUCCAAGGUGAAGGUGGCCACGUCCAAGAAGUACAAGGGCACGGUGGCCAUCAAGGUGGUGGACCGGCGGCGCGCGCCGCCUGACUUCGUCAACAAAUUCCUGCCCCGCGAACUGUCCAUCCUUCGCGGCGUGCGGCACCCGCACAUCGUGCACGUCUUCGAGUUCAUCGAGGUGUGCAAUGGAAAGCUGUACAUCGUGAUGGAGGCGGCUGCCACCGACCUGCUGCAGGCAGUGCAGCGCAACGGGCGCAUCCCCGGGGGUCAGGCGCGCGACCUCUUCGCGCAGAUCGCUGGGGCUGUGCGUUACCUGCAUGACCACCACCUGGUGCACCGUGACCUCAAGUGCGAAAACGUGUUGCUGAGCCCUGACGAGCGCCGAGUGAAGCUCACUGACUUUGGCUUUGGCCGCCAGGCACAUGGCUAUCCUGACCUGAGCACCACCUACUGCGGCUCGGCUGCCUAUGCGUCGCCUGAGGUCCUCUUGGGCAUCCCAUACGACCCCAAGAAAUACGACGUGUGGAGCCUGGGCGUCGUGCUCUACGUCAUGGUCACCGGCUGCAUGCCCUUCGACGACUCGGACAUCGCUGGCUUGCCCAGACGCCAGAAGCGCGGCGUUCUCUACCCCGACGGCCUCGAGCUGUCCGAGCGCUGCAAGGCCCUGAUCGCCGAACUGCUGCAGUUCAGCCCGUCCGCCAGGCCCUCAGCGGGCCAGGUAGCGCGCAACGGCUGGCUGCGUGCUGGGGACUCCGGCUAGAAACCCGGGUUCCCGCCAAUCCCGCCGCCGUGAGCAAUGCGCAAGCGCAGCGCACGCGUGCGAGACGCGCUUCCGUGCUCCCGCGAAGCCGACACGCGCCACUGCGCACGCGCAUCCCCCUCCCCCCCCCCGCCCCC